CCGCUCAGAUGAAGAGUUUGAUGAGCCAACUAGGAACCAAGCAGGACUCGAGCACGCUGCAGGAGAACCUGCAGCAGCUGCAGCACUCCACCAACCAGCUGGCCAAGGACACCAACGAGCUGCUGAAGGAGCUGGGGCCCCCGGCCCUGCCCCUGCCCGCCGCGGCACAGCGCCAGCAGAGGCUCCAGAAGGAGCGCCUCAUGACCGAGUUCUCCGCAGCCCUGAGCAGCUUCCAGGCCGUGCAGCGACGCGUGUCGGAGUGGGAGAGGGAGAGUGUCGCCCGCGCCAGAGCCGGGUCUCGCCUUGCUGCGGAGGAGCGGCAGAGAGAGGGGCAGCUCGUCUCCUUUGACAGCCACGAGGAGUGGAGCCAGGUGCAAGGCCAGGAGGAGGAGGUGGCUGUCACUGAGCAGGAGCUGGAGCUCAUCAAGGAGAGGGAGACGGCAAUUCGGCAGCUGGAGGCCGACAUUCUGGACGUCAACCAGAUAUUUAAAGACCUGGCCAUGAUGAUCCACGACCAAGGUGAUCUGAUUGAUAGCAUAGAAGCCAAUGUGGAGAGCUCAGAAGUGCAUGUCGAAAGAGCCACUGAUCAGCUACAGCGAGCCGCCUACUACCAGAAAAAGUCCCGCAAGAAGAUGUGCAUCCUGGUGCUUGUCCUGGCAGUGAUCAUUGCAGUCUUGGCCUUCAUCUUCUGGCUGGUUUACAAAUGAAGCGUGUCUGACCUUCUCCCACUGAGCAGUGUGAGGGCGAGCACCUGUGGGAAGUCUGCCAGAGCAGGCGGGUCACAAGAACGGAGCUUGCACCAGAACUCCUCGUCACGUAGGUAGAGACUGACUGCGGCCUCGGCCGUGGAGCUGUUGACCCGUGGGCAGUAUUUAUCAAUCUACAUGUACGUCGUAUUGACUCUUAAAUGAGGUGUUAACUACUGUGGGGUUUAUUUUCUCUUCUAUUCUGGUUUUUCUCCAUCCCAAGUGUGUACUGAAAAUUCCAUUCUAGAAAUUUUUUGACAGGUGACACUACAGUCUUGAAAUAUGUGUAUACAAAACUCACCUUUUUACUAGCAGCUGAGAUAGGAUCACUCUCUGGCACCCCGCAUACUGGAGUCUAUCAGGAACCAUGUAAUGGCCAGCGGUUUUUAUUUAACAUUUUAAUUUGAGAUUCUCAGACGUCUGUUCUGUUUUGAAAGAUCUGGGCACUUGAACUGGACAGUGAAAAAUUGCGCGUGGUCCCCGUGAAAGGCAACACACUGGAGCUGGCCCGGCGUUGGGCUGCAUGUCACUUACCCGGCUGCAAGGCCCCGUCGCCAUGGCAGCACAUGUGCACACACACUAAGCCAUCAGGCUCGUUUUGUACAGGUCCGCUUUAUAGCACUGUAGUCUGGGCCGCUGCCCCACCCGUCUGCACAGGAAGGGGAUUAGGUACAGUAUGCUUUUGGAAGGCAAGUAGGAGCUGUUGGCAAUGAUGACUGUCGUCAUUCACACAUGGCUCUGCAUUCCUGGUGGUGGUGAUGUGGCUGUCAGACGCACGCCCGUGCCCUUGAAGGGCUGUUGGGCAUCGGAUGGCAGGAAGACCGUAAAAGCUAGACUGAGCGGCGUGAAGCUCAGGCUGUGGACCCAGCAAUAAAGCAGAGCAGAGGUUCAUUUUUGUAAAUGAGACUCAUCUGCAGUAGUCCUGUUAGACUCAUCCUAAUUUACAAACAAGAGAUCAAUCUCCACGCACAGUUUUAGACAAAAAAAGUUCCAAUAAAAGAUUGCUGCUUUUAAUAUAAAUGUUGUCCACGUCCCUUUUUCAUGAGCCUGGAACAGUGUCAGUGCACCCUCCGGCUCCCCUGAGAUAGAUAUUUACGUCUACUCCCCCUUUCCCGACAGUGCCACUCCGUUUCUUGCUAAACUAAUAUGAAAAUAGGAAAACAGAUUUUUCACACUCCUACUUUUCCACGUUUGAUGUAAAUAAACAUGUAAAAACCUU